AGAGAACAAGCUGCAGAAGGAACAUGACAUAGCAGUCUACAAACUAAAAGAACACAAGAAGCUGUUUGAAUGCACACUUGAAGAGUACCAGAAGAAGAUUAAAGAAUUUAACACUAAAGAUCGUAUUUCUGAGGCAGACAAGUAUGUCUCAGAGCUUGAAGAUAUAUCACAGAAAAUUGAUGAUUUCAGAAAACAG